UACUGAAAGACUUUACUAAAGAGUACAAACCCCGACGUCCACACAGAACAAGCACGAACGGCCUAGGAUAUAACAACAGCCUAGGAUAUAACAACCAAGGGGCUGCCAUGGGGAUCCGGGGACUCCUCGGUCCUAUUCGGAAGCAUGGAGUAGUCGGACCUCUGAGCGGCGAAAGUGUAGUCGUGGACGGGCCAGCUCUCGUCCACCGCAUCUUCGAGUCCUGCAUGACACAGGAGUUCUCGUCGCCCCGUGAUAGUUAUCCACCUCCAUAUUGCCUCCUUAGCCGCCUGGUCAUAGGGUGGCUGGACGAUCUGGAGAAAUAUGAUGUGAAAGUGAGGAAGAUCUAUUUCGAUGGAUAUUUGCCUCCGGCCAAAUGGGGCGUUAGGCUAGAGCGACUUACCCAACAAUACCAGGUUAUGAAGGGGCUAAGGAAUUCCCACUUUGAGGGACUGCUGAGGGUACCGGAACACGCGUUUCGGGAUAUCAAGACCGGCAUAGGCAUGACCAGCUUGACGAUGUCAUCGACCACUGACAAGCACCCCAAGCCCCCCUUCCUGAUUCCUUCCGUCCUCGACGCUCUGAGAAAUAGCCAAACCUGGGGACGACUGGUCCAAGUCGUCCCUGGGGAAGCCGAUACGUACUGUGCGCAAGAUAUUCGGGAGAGCGGGGGCACCCUACUGACAACCGACUCCGAUCUGCUCCUCCAAGAUCUUGGGCUCGAGGGGAAAGUAUCACUCCUCCAUGACGUCGUACUCUCCGACGACGACUCCGAGAGCCCCCGUGUUAUGGCACCCCAAUUCACCCUUGGCGAAAUUAAUAAAAGAUUAAACUUGAAACGCGUCGGUGGUCUCCUUCGCGUUGCCUUUGAGAUGAAAAGGCUUAAUACAACUUUUGAGUCAGCUCUCCGGAGUAUUCGCAGCGACGUUAAACGCGCACGACAUUCUAGCAAGUACGAAAGCUUCGUAAUGGGAUUCCAGCCGAAGGAGGACUUGGGAGACAAUCCGCUAGUGCUUGGAAUGAUCUCUAGCCUCGACCCCAGAACCUCGGAGAUUGUCAUCCAGACUUUGUUAUCGAAGGCUCGAGGGGCCCUCUCCGGGGUCCUGACCACGGAAACCACGGAAGCAUUACGAGAGCUCGAUAUGCUUUCUAUUUUUCUGCCCGUCUUGGUCGAGAAUCACCAGAAGAGCAGUGCAUGGGAAACGAGUACGGAGGUUCGCCGGAUCGCAUACGGCGUUCUUCGAAAUUUUCUAUACGAAAAGUCAGAUGCCAUUAUCGAAUAUCGCGCAAAGCCAAGCAUACCGAAGACAAACACAAAAAAGUCGAGCACAUCGAAGAUGGGGCGACACAUAAACGUUCCCGACCUGGAAGAGAUGGCAGAGCUAUGCGCUAGCCUCUCAGACGUUCUAAAGAAGCUAACCGGGGCAUUUGGCUCUCUAGAGAUACGAUGGCUCGCGUUUGCCAUAUAUCUGGACAUACAAUGGUCGGUGUCGGAAGAACGGGGCUCCCCAUCUGCCGUGCUCACCAACGAAAUAAUUAACCGACCCGCAGAGGCAUCCGAAGACGCCGAGAACUACUCGUGGGACCUGACACACUUCACAGCUCAAGUUCAGGCCUGCCUGUUUUCUCUCCGUAUGGGAAAACAGCUCUUAGACAUGCUACCCGUUCCAGGCCGAGAGCUUCCGGCACCGCUAAAGCAAUUACGCGACUACCUCGCGCCGCUUCCUCUCAUCCAAGAGUGGCCUACGGCUGGUCGCAUGACGACGCUACUAUCCCAGUUUGAGGAGGCGAACGGCCUGGCAACAAUCGCUGGCAUCCUGGGGCUCUCCAGCGCCGAACUCAAAGAGGGCUCUGCGGUCGCUGCCAAGCCGACUGGGGGCCAAACCCGAACGAUGUCUUUCGGGGAUAAGAAGGCGGCAGGCAUAGAGGUCCCCGGACUUUGCCCUAGCAAUCCUUACGAUGUUCUCAGCCAUCUCAGUCAAUAAUAGGAUACGUACUUUGCCCAAGCCGCCCUGCCGUUCCCAGACACACUCCGAUAGCCUCUGGAGACUUUUCGAGGAGGCCGGUCCUUUGCCAUUCCACUUCCCAGCACUGCGAGGCUGUCCUCAGGGCAUCUUCAGGAUUCGAGCCGUAUCAGGAAACGCUAGUCCGUGUGCAGAUCAAGCAGUGCAAUUGGAACUAGAAGGGAAGAAUUCCAACUUGAGGGUGGAGAGGGCGAGUCUAGGAUGAUGUUUAGGUGGGUAGUUACCGUUACUUACCUACCUACCUACUUAUGACGAGAUACCUACUAUAGGAGGUUCAGAUAUUGUAAGAAUGGCACUAUGAACACGCAUCUUCAGACAUACCUACCAUUAAACGCAUAGGCGGUACGCUUGGCGCGUUAUUUGCAUACCCGAACGGUCAUAUCGAGUCAUAGGAAACCCGUGAAGCCUUAGCCCGCUAGGCACCAACCGGC